CUAAUUGACAUACACUGGACAGCAACUGCGCUCGCGACACUUAGAGCACAACAAACCUACAGUAAAUAUCUUGGUAUAUGUAUAUGCGUACAUGUACACAGCGUAAGAAUGGCGAAUUUGAGGACCGGAGAGUAUUCAUCUCCGCGCCAGAACGGCGAAAUGGGUUUUGACUCCCCAGCGAGAGAUGAGCGCUACCGACAAUUGGCUCAGGACAAACAGCUACUCGAAAGGAAACUGGCAGAGUUGAAGAAACAAGUAGACGGAUACCGACGGGAAAACGAAGCUCUGAAGCUAGAUUCCGUCGACAUACAAGCCGAUCUGAGGCGCAGCAACGACCGAAUCCGCUCGAUGGAAGAACAGGCAAGGCGCGAUGAGCGUGUGUUCGAGGAGCUCGAAGAAAGGCUCGCCGACGCUAGUGAGGAGAAUCUCAGGCUGAGAGAGGAGUUACAAAUGUGCACUGACGAGAGAGAUGUAGCUGUCAGCAAACUACGUGAGCAAAACAAGGCAAAGUUUGAUCAUGAUGGCAUCAUCAAUGAACAAAUGCAGCGACUUGAGGCCCUGAGAGCGGAAAAUACAGAGAUUGACUCGCACCUUCAGGGGGCCAAGCGAGCAUUAGAACAGGAGCGCCACAUCAGUACGGGACUGAACAUGGAAAUACAGUCGAUAAAUGAAAACCUAAUGGCUCGUGGCCAGGAAGUGCAGGAUCUCGUUGCAAGGAACAGAGCUCUGGAGGAGCAGAUGAUGACGCUGAGAAUACAAACAGUCAGUAAAGAGUCGUAUGACUCGUUGGCGGCGCAAGUGUCGCAAACAGCCCUCAGGCUGGAGCGUACGGAGACCGAGCGAGAGACUUUGAGGAAAGACUCGCAGGUUGGAUUGAGUCAGCUGGAGAAUCAGUUAAUUGGCAUGCGAGAUCAGCAGGCUAAUCUGGUAAGCCGCUACCGUGCUGUUGUCGCGGAAAACAAGCAACUGCAAAAAGAUGUUGAUACUAAUCUAAAGCGAUAUCAGGGUCAAACGGGAAGGAAUAUGGUACUGAGCGAGGAGCUCACGAAAAUGGAGGACGAAGUCCGGGAGAAAAUGCAGACUAUAUCAGAGAAAGACUUCAGCAUACAAGAGAAGGCCGAUGUUAUACGGUGCAAGCUGGACGAGAUAGAGUUGUUGAGAGAGGAGUUGCGCGAGUAUGAAAUGAAGAGCGUAGAGCUCGAGAUGUCGGAUUUAGACCUCAAAACUCAAAUCGACAGUCUUGUGAAAGCGAUCAACGUGGCUAACGAUGAGCUUUCUGAGAAAAAGGAAGAUUCAUCUCGUCUAAAGUCUGAAAUCGAGAAACUUACCACAACAAAUAACGCUCAAAAGGCAGACCUCGAGCAGAUGUCAAUACAGUAUUUGGACCUAAUUGAUCGAUUACAAAGGGAAGCAGGGGACAUCACUAAAGCUCAGGAGGCGGUCCGAAAUGCUACAGAUAAAGGUAAGUACUAGAAUCGGACACUGUCGGUGGGUCUUUAAUGAAGAGGGACGCUGCUCAUUUCAGUAUCGCCAAAAC